CCUCCGUUGCCUCCUGUCUUGUGGUGUGUGCUGCCUUGGGGGAAACCCUAUGUCCGGUCAUUGUUGGCAACCUGUUUGUGUCGUUUGGGCCUCCUAGUUUCCUGGUGUUUUGUCUAAUUAUCGUGGUGAUUGCCAUGCUGGUUUACUGGGGUCUCUAUGCGGUGGGACGUGGAACACAUAAGUUUCAAGAACAUGGCAUGGAGUCGUUCCUGUGGUUACCGGGAUACAAAAAACGUAAAGGAGGGGAGAACACUCUCAUCAAACCUGCCGCAGUUAAGUACUACUCUCGAAUGGCAGAGGACGGGAUGGUAGAGGGGACGGAUAAGAUGGAACUUGACCCCGUCACCAGGCCACCUACGGACUACGACACGAGCAGUUAUCUUCCGGACACAUCAAUGAAAACAAUGCACUGACAGUUAAAGCAGAUAGAAAAUUUAGUGAAAACAUUCCGAAUAGAAACAGUUUGAUCUCACAAGUAUAUCAAAUGAAUAGCUAUUCCCUCAUAUAACUGUGUGAUAAUUAGAGAAAACAAUUGUUAUCGUUCAUUUUGUUUGUAUUUUACAUGGAAAAGCAUGUUUCUUUCGACAAUAUAUAAACCUUGGUAAUACGGAUACAAUCCUUAGCUCAUAUAGGAAUAUGAUGCAUUAGUAACGCUUUAAUCGUUGCUAGGGUCUUGAUGCAUUAUUGACUUUGUAAUCGUUGCUAGGGUCUAGAUGAGUUAUUGACUUUGUAAUCGUUGCUAGGGUCUAGAUGCAUUAUUGACUUUGUAAUCGUUGCUAGGGCCUAGAUGCAUUAUUGACUUUGUAAUCGUUGCUAGGGUCUAGAUGCAUUAUUGACUUUUUAAUCGUUGAUAGGGUCUAGAUGAAUUAUUGACUUUGUAAUCGUUGCUAGGGUCUAGAUGCAUGAUGUCAAUAACUCAUUGUUGUGAUUUGAGUAUACAUGCAGAUGUCGCUAACUGUGUUCCGGCAAAACCGGAUAAAACUCGACCAGAGUUAUCAAUAUAUGUUUGUGUUGCAUAAACUGACAAUUGUUCAUAUUUGAUGACAUAAUAUUAUCUUACGUGAUUGUGUUAAAGACAAACGUUUGAUUAUAAUGGAUUUAUAUAAUAGAGAAGAUUGGGUAAUUUAUUGUGAUAUUAGUUUGUAAAGUAAUUUAUUAUAUAGUGAGAGUAACUCUAUUUCUGCGCUUGCGUCAUUAUUUUGAAAGGCUUUUUAUUCGCAAAUACUAAAAUUCGCUAAUGAGAUGAUUUUAUUGCAAGGUUAAUGGUUAUUAAAUCUGAUAAUAAUAUUUGAAAAAGAUUUCAAAAUGAUGACCCCUGUGAAAUAGCGGGAAUUUCAAUGUCGUGCGAAAGUUGAAAGGUCAAUGUCUAAAUAUAUGUUUUACAGUGGGCCCUCGUUUAUAAUAAAUUGUUUGAUUAAAAAUUUGAGGGGAAUUAAGUUAACAAUGGAGUGAUAGCAAGUAAACAUACUAUUCAUUUUCUUUUCUUUUUGGAGUAUUGAACUAUUUAUAGCUUGUUUAAUAAAUUAUUUAUGUUUAAUAACGUAUUAUUAUUAUAGUUUGUUGUGGGACCACUAUAGUCUGUUUUGUUACUUGUGAUUGUUAUGAAGAGACCACUAUAGCCUGUUUGUUACUUGUGUGUGCUAUGAAAGGACUAAACUAGUCUGUUUGUUACUUGUGUGUGCUACAUGUAUGAAGGAACCACUAUAGCCUGUUUGUUACUUGUGUGUGCUACAUGUAUGAAGGAACCACUAUAGCCUGUUUGUUACUUGUGUGUGCUACAUGUAUGAAGGAACCACUAUAGCCUGUUUGUUACUUGUGUGUGCUAUGAAAGGACUACACUAGUCUGUUUGUUACUUGUGAUUGCUAUGAAGGGACCGCUAUAGUCUGUUACUUGUGUGUGCUAUGAAGGGACCGCUUUAGUCUGUUUUGUUACUUGUGUGUGCUAUGAAGAUACCGCUUUAGUCUGUUUUGUUACUUAUGGGUGAUAUGGAGGGACCGCUAUUGUCCAGUUAGUUAUUUAGGUAUGGCAGGAAGGGACCGCUAAUGCAAACAUCUCCAAUAAUUUGUUUGCCUUUUUUUACAUGGGACACACAUGCACACAAUCACCCAUAAAUGCACAUGCACGUUCGUGCACGCACUCACAUAUUCCAAUUAAAUAUUUGCUGUUAGGUUUUGAUUUCUUUUAAUUUUGAAAUGUUAAUCCCUUUUAUUGAGUACACGUCCCUUUAGUAUUGAAAAAGAAAACUGGUUAAAAUCUGGUUUUCUUUUUGCAAAACAACCCUGAUCACUCCAAAAAUCUUUGAAUACAGAAACAAAUACAGAAUGUUUCAUGAUCCCCAGACCUUAAACUGGCAUCCGUCUGUCGUUUGUUUGAACAUGACAUAUGCAAGUCAUUUGUCUGGCAUUGUUAAAUUUUAAAUAGAGGGCGUAAACUACAAAAAUAUAUGUAUUUAUAUUGCUUACUGUUAAUCGCUACUACUGACACAAAUAACAGGUGACUCGUUUUUGACUCGGUAUUACUGAAACAACAUUACAGGUGACUCCUUAUUGACUCGCUAUAACUGACACAAUUGUACAGAUGAAUCGUUAUUGACUCGGUAUUACUGACGCAAUAUUACAGGUGACUCGUUAUUGACUCGGUAUUACUGACAAAACAUUACAGGUGAAUCGUUAUUGACUCGGUAUUACUGUCACAACUGUACGGGUGAGUCGUCAUUGAGUCGGUAUUACUGUCACAACAUUACAGGUGAAUCGUUAUUGACUCGGUAUUACUGUCACAACUGUACGGGUGAGUCGUCAUUGACUCGGUAUUACUGUCACAACAUUACAGGUGACUCGUUAUUGACUCGCUUUUACUGUCACAACUGUACGGAUGAAUCGUUACUGACUCGCGAUUACUUACACAACAUUACUGGGAAUCAUUAUUACUGACUCAACAUUGAUGGUGAAUUGUUAUGAAUUUGCUAUUGCUUAGGUGCAAUAUUUAACACAGAUUUCUUUAAAUGGCAUACAAAUAGUGUACAUGUUAAAAACCUUGCAACGGCAUAAUAUAAUCAAUAUAUAAUGUUGAGAGAAAUGGCUACUAUGACAAUACUCCUUCAAAUGUUCCCCACGUUUUCAUAACAUAACUCCCUCGGU